AAGUAUUAAUGAGCAGCUAACCAUUGAAAAAAAGGAUAAGCAGUCCCAAUGCUCAUUAAUGAAGAGCAAAAAAAGUUCAUUUUUAAUCAUUACAUUUGUUCUUCCAGGACCAUCUAUUGACACCAGUAACGAACCAACCCUAUUUGUCAGAACCAUACUGUCGACGGCACAUUCACAAUAGAAAAAAAGGAAUUCGAUUUUAAAACACAUUGACUUGCAGGGUGUCAUUCUAGUUUCUAGUCAAGUGAGACUUCUUUCAGAACAGAAUGAUCUUUUCCAUCUACAUCAUCAAUAAAGCUGGAGGGCUGGUUUACAAUAAAGACUACUCGGACGGGCUGUCUAAACUCACAUCAAACGAAUAUCUUGUACUAGCGGGAACAUUUCAUGGUGUGCAUGCGAUUACAUCAAAGAUAUCACCUGUGCCAGGGUCCAGCGGCAUUGAAAUGCUUGAAACAGAUACAUUCAGGAUACAUUGCUUCCAAACACUGACUGGCACAAAGUUCUUGCUAGUCACUGACCCGCAACAGCCAUCUGUCGACCACACGAUGAAGAAGAUUUAUGAGGUCUACUCAGAUUAUUGUGUAAAGAACCCAUUUCAAAACCCAGAGAUGCCUAUUCGUUCUGAGCAGUUUGAUGUCCAUUUGUUGAAAUUGGUCAAGUCUGUAGGUGGACUUGUAGUCACUAACACCACAAGUAAUGCAUACAAUGUCAUCGGUGGUGUCAGUGGCGGCCCUCUACUGGGCCAUAACCAGUCUUCUCCACCCACAGUAUCCAACGUUGCAUCACCAGGCUUGGCUUGAUACAUAGAAAAUAAAAGAUG